CUACUCUCCUUUGCCCUUGACUUUCUUCCUUUUCUAACAUUUAUUCUUCUCGUGUUCCUUCUACUUCUUGCUUUUGUCUUCUUUUUUGUCCUUUCACUGUUUCUCUGUCGUGAAUCCCAAGCUCUCAACUUUACCAAAAGUCCCCACCACGUCUUCUGGGUUAUUUAAUUACCCUCGCUGAGUUUUUAAUCAAAGUCUCGGUGGCAUGAUCUUUCGGACAGCUUUAGCUUGAGGUUCUUUUUAUUGGAGAGGAGUUAUGGGUAGUUUUUGUUCCAAGAGCCUUGGAAUCAAUUUUGGCAGUGAGUAUUCAGGUUCAAGUGUGGCUGAUGAUGGCCGAGAUCAUGAUUUUGGGUACCAACAACAACCACCUGGUCAAAACUGUUUGAUGGGUCCUCCUGGUACAAGACACUCUAUGGUUAAAGACGUUGCUAAAGAACCACCAACACAGUUGAAAGAUGUAUUCUCUUUCCGAGAAAGAGAAGGUGAAGAUAUCUAUGAUGGGAUUCCGAGGUUACCUUCAUCACAGAAACUUCGGCCUUCAAAAGCUACUCAAACUGCUGUUUCAAAGGUUACAGAGGUAGGUAGAGCGGGGUUAGGUAAAGCAAAGGAUGUUUUGGAUACUCUUGGGAGUAGCAUGACUGAUCUUAGCAGUGGUGGUUUUACUUCUGGUGUUGCCACUAAAGGCAAUGAACUUGGGAUUUUAGCCUUUGAAGUAGCAAACACAAUUGUCAAAAGCUCAAAUCUUAUGGAAUCACUUUCCAAGAAGAACAUCACGCACUUGAGAGAAACUGUCCUUCAUUCCGAAGGUGUUAAGAAUCUUGUCUCGAAUGAUGUUGAUGAACUCUUUAGACUUGUUGCUGCUGACAAGAGGCAGGAGCUGCAAGUUUUCUCAGGAGAAGUGGUUCGGUUUGGAAACCGAUCUAAAGACUUCCAGUGGCAUAAUCUACAGCGCUACUUUGACAAGAUCAUCAAAGAGUUAACCCCUCAAAGACAGUUGCAUGACGAUGCAGUCUUACUUGUUGACCAGCUGCUGCUUCUAGUGCAGUAUACUUCUGAACUAUACCAAGAACUCCAAGUAUUGGAUAGACUGGAGAAAGACUUUGAGCAAAAGCGCCGAGAAGAAGAGAACUCAGCUAGCAACAGUAGAGGUGAUGGCCUUGCAAUCUUAAAAACGGAGCUUAAAUCCCAGAGAAAGGUAGUGAAAAACCUAAAGAAAAAGUCCUUGUGGUCAAGAGGUCACGAAGAGGUGAUGGAGAAACUAGUAGACAUUGUACAUUUCUUGUUGCUAGAGAUUCAUAAUAUAUUUGGUGGUGCCGAUAAUCAACCAGCGAAGAAGAAAGGAGCAACAGAUCAUGAUAGAAGAUUGGGACCUGCUGGUCUUGCUUUACAUUAUGCAAAUAUAAUUGUGCAGAUCGAUACACUUGUCGCCCGUGCAAGCACUAUAACUUCAAAUGCAAGGGAUUCCUUAUACCAAAGCUUGCCACCUGGUAUAAAACUCGCUCUUCGUUCCAAGAUUAAGUCCUUCAAUGUCGAUAAAGAGCUUUCGGUUACACAAAUUAAGGACGAGAUGGAGAAGACACUGCAUUGGCUUGUCCCUAUUGCAGCCAACACAACCAAAGCUCAUCAUGGUUUUGGUUGGGUUGGAGAGUGGGCAAAUUCAGGGACCGACUUCACUAAUAAGACUAGUGGUGGAGAUAUACUACGCAUCGAAACACUCUAUCACGCUAGUAAAGAGAAGACAGAGGUCUACAUUCUUGGACAGAUCAUUUGGUUACAACAUUUGGUUGCAAGAGUAAAGAGGGACGCUCGAAGAGGUCCUAGGCUUUCUCCUAUGAAGUCUACGAUCCAGCAACUGAUAUCUGAACCACUUAGUGUCCCAUUAGUAACAGAUGAGGAACAAAAGUUGUUAGAUGAGGCAAGCAAAAGGAAGAGGACUCAUUGUGUUAGCAAGAGCCAUGAUUUUGAUUCUGAGUACUCGCGUGUUAGGAAGUGUGACCCUUUGAGUAAAAGCAGUGAGUAUUUCCGUGGAGUGAGAAGAAGCAAAUCAGCUGCCGUGAAGAGGUUUUCUUCUGGUUUUCCACUUCUUGAUUUUGGUAUCGAUAAGGAGAAAGCGUUGGAUGUUAUUGAUCGUGUUGAUGAUGUACCGAGAGAUUACAAAGCAUUAUUGAAAGAAGGUAGCUUAAGCUUCUAAUGGAGAGUGGUCUGAGUCCAAUGCACCAAAACUAGCUUCUGGUUCAUGUGUUGGUUUGUACAUAUGAGCAUAAGAGAAUGCUGUGGAAGAAGCUUUUUAUGUGUUACGUUGUUAGAUCAUUUUACAAUAUUUCAUUCAAUAUAGUGUUACACUUUUCAGAAAGUUUCAAAUAACGAUGAUGAUUAGAUGACUUGCACCAUUCUCUGAACACAGAGUAAGAGACUAAGAUUCAAGUAAGAGAAUAAGAUCAACAAUCAUAAUCAUACAUUGCAACAAGAAUCUGCAAGACUUUAAAACCUUUAUUUCAACAAGUAAAGAACCAAAAAUUUAACAGUAAAUGAAGAAUAUGUUCAGCAUCAUCUCGUAAAUCUCACACAAAUGAUGGAAUCGCAAUGCAGUUGCAGCACCGCCUAAAACAUUGGUUUUUUUUCGUUAUUGUCAACAAAAGAAAAUGGGAAGAAAGCAUCCGUAAGAGAUGAAUCAAAACCCUUAAGCUGCAGACUCCUUGGAGAUCUUCUCUGCUUUCGCAACCACCUCGUCAAUUCCACCAACCAUGUAAAA